AUGGCUGGCAACCCCGCGUGGACGGUGCGCGCACUCAGCGUACCAGGACCCGACACUGAACUGAGCCUGUUUGUGUCAUUUGACGAUGCGCGGUUCGUCUUUGGGGCAGGCGAGGCGAUGCAGCGCGCUCUCGUGCAGAAGCGAAUGUCUUUGCGCAGGCUACAGGCCAUCUUCAUCGCGAGCGGGAGAAGCGGCCGCGGCGGACUUGCUGGCGCGUUGAUGACGCUCUCCGACGCCGGCAUCAAACAAUUGUCUAUCGUCGGCCCGCCGGAUAUCGGGAGCCACAUCGCGACCCUUCGCGCGUCAGUUGUUCGCAACUCGCAGGCGGUCCACGUCAAGGCCGUGUCGCGCAACGCCUCCUCUGAGGUCGUUUUCUCCUCCCCCCGCAUCACCGUGUAUGCUGUGGCGCUUCGCCCACCAGAGGCUGUUACGCAAAACCAGGGGUACCCACUGCGACCGACUGAGCUCUCCCAGGCGGCACUGGACCGGUGGACAACGGCGAUCGUCAAUGACAUGUUCAGCGGCCCCGGUUCCGACCAAUCCAUCCGGGAUGAGUUCGACUUUCCCGGCAUGUGGCGUCCCACCUCUGCCGACGACCGCUAUCCACUACCAUUGCCCAGCGACGCCGAUGUCGCGACAGACGUGUGCUACAUUGUGCGCACGCCAGAUGUGCGCGGCAAGUUUGACGCGGCAAAGGCAAAGGCGCUCGGCGUACCAAACGGGCCAAUGCGCGGCAAUCUCACGCGCGGCGAGAGCAUCGAGGUCAACGACCCGUCGGUACCGGGAGGCAAACGUAUCGUGCGGCCGGAACAGUGUAUGGGUGGCGGUGGGCCGGGUGGUACGCUUAUUGUCGUCAACUGCUCUGAAGAGAAUCUCGGGCGCCUGCUCGCAUCGAACGCGUUCGACGAAUACCGUGCCAUUGACGGCGAGCCGAGAGUGCAAGUCGAGACUGUCGUGCAUCACACUCCGCGCGCCGUGUGGGAAGAUGAGCGGUUCCAGGCGUGGCUUGCUAGCUUCGGACCGUCCACCCAGCAUCUGUACGCCGACGAGGACGGUACGCGCGAGAUCUACUUCCGGAACAGUGCAUGGAACGCGCUCCGUCUCAACAUGCUUGACCCCACCAUCUUCCCCAUUCCUGACUUUGCGACUGGUCGGCCAGCCCCGCGGAUGCCGCCGAACGCAAACCGCCUUGUCCCUAACCACAUCGUCCAGAUGUACCCUCACAAGCCCAUCUCUAUGGUUGAGGACCACUUAAAGGACGUCCUAUUCCCGGUCGACGAGGCCGGCGUGGCCGCGGCGCUUGUCGGACUGCGGACCGAGCACCCUGAGUAUGCCGCAGCCGUGGACGCUGCACGCGUGGCCGUUGCGGCCGACGCGGAACGACGCGCCUGCCUGUCCCCGCGACCAGGGGACAACAUCGUCGUCACUACGCUCGGAACUGGGAGUGCCAUCCCUUCGAUCUACCGCAACGUGUCCUGCACUCACGUCGAUAUCCCCGGAACCGGCGGCGUCAUCUUCGACACGGGCGAGGGCUCGCUCGGCCAGCUGCGCCGCCGCUUUGGCAGCGGCCUCAAGCAGAUGUACGAGGACCUACGCCUCAUCUUUAUCAGCCACAUGCACGCAGACCACCAUCUCGGCCUCGCGCAGAUCCUCCAGGACCGCUUUGAGAACGGCGUUCACUCCAAGCUCUACCUGAUCGCGCCGUUCCCCAUUGCGCUGCAGCUCAAGGAGACGGCGUGGUGGCAGGCAGGUGUACCACGCGAAGCAUUGGAGAACGUGGUCUACAUCUCUACCAAUCGUCUCAAGGCGGGGUGUGUGGCUAACGACUCGGAAGCCAUGGAGUCUGAACUGGUCGACUGGUCCUCUGUUCCCCGUCACCCAGAGCAGUUGGUGACGGAGAGAGGGAUGGAGGCAGACGUGGCGGCGGGGAAGACCAAGUGGCCAUUCAAGAAUGUCUUCCGCUUCCAUCCCGAGACAGUCGCUACUGCGACGGAAAACGCCUGCGCUCUACUCGAGGACCUGAGGCUCUCGGAGAUCCGGACACCGGCUGUUGCCCACCGCGGUUCGGCAUGGGGUAUGGUCCUCACUGGUGUGGAUGGGUGGAAGGUCGUGUAUUCUGGGGACACGAAGCCAUCCGCGUCCCUGGUCGAGGCGGGGCAUGGUGCAACGGUGCUGAUCCAUGAGGCGACACUCGGCGACGAUGAGGCAGAGGAUGCCGAGUUGAAGGGCCACAGCACUUUCGGACAGGCGAUUGACGCUGGCCGACUCAUGGGCGCGCGUUACGUCAUCCUGAACCACUUUUCGCAGCGCUAUCCCAAGAUUCCGCCACUGCCGGCCGCCGAGCCUGUUUUGGAAGGUGGGGAGGUGAAAGCUACCGACGGUCCGACGGUGGCGAUCAGUUUCGACAACAUGUCGCUCCGGGUGGCGGACGCGUGGAAGAUCAGCCACUUCACCGAGGCCUUCAACUUGCUGUACGCCGAGGGGGAGGAGGACGUAGUGACAGUCGACGAGGCUGAGGAGGCGGCACGCGCUGCUCUGGAAUCGCAGAAGCAGAAGAAGGGGAGGCGGGAGAAGAAUCAGAGGGGAGAGGACAAGCCGCGCAAGGGAACCAAGCGCGGGUCAGAGGAGACGGGAGACGCGCCGGCGUCGAAGAAGGCGCGGGAACUGCACGUCGCUCGGCAUAACUCAUAG